UUCUCUCCCAUCAGAAGCUCCAUUUUCGUUCGUCAAAGAUGAUCCUGCCAUUACUGUAGCUUUUUUUUAUGUGACAAAACAAAAUUCCUCUAUUUGUUCAAAUAUGGAGAGGGAGAGCUGUAGCUUUAUAUAUGGAAAUGGCGCUUCCAAUUUCUACUCAUCACUCUCCCUCUACUAUGCCGUUUCUCGACAUGAGAAAUCUCUCCAUCACCCACAACAAUAACUGGGGCUUCAUCUCCUCCGACUCCGGCGCCGAUCACCUCAUCGACCUCAACGCCGCCGUUGAAUCCGACGAUCAGGACAUGCAUUCCCACGGCGGCGGAAAAAGCCAUUCCAAGCUCUGCGCUAGAGUCCAUUGGCGCCCCGCCGAGGACACCAAACUCAAGGAGCUCGUCGCCCUCUACGGCCCCCAAAAUUGGAAUCUCAUCGCCAAGAAGUUGGACGGAAGAUCCGGGAAAAGCUGCAGGCUGCGGUGGUUCAACCAGCUGGACCCGAGGAUAAACCGGCGGGCGUUCACGGAGGAGGAGGAGGAGAGGCUGAUGACCGCGCACCGGUUGUACGGAAACAAAUGGGCGAUGAUUGCGCGCCUGUUUCCGGGGAGAACCGACAACGCCGUCAAGAACCAUUGGCAUGUCAUCAUGGCCAGGAAAUACAGAGAGCAAUCCACCGCCCACCGCCGCCGCAAAAUGGGGCAAUUCGUCUUCAACGACCUCCCCUUCCCUCCCACCUAUUGGCCCCCACAAACAUCUCUUUCUUUCUUUCAAGGUGGUGAGGGGAUGCAGAGGACAGACGAAUUGGAGGAGGGGAAUGUGUACAAUGGCGCGGCGGUGAGGGAGGCGGCGUUUAUAGACUUUCUUGGUGUUGGGGGUUUGUGAGACCAUACAAUUUGUCACUUCAC